AUGGCUGACCAGCAACAGAAGCGGGAGCGGGACACCCUCAGCUCGAUCUAUUCGUAUUACAAAACCAACGAACAGAACCUGGAGCACGUGCCCUCCUUCAUCAGCGACGGGAGCGGCGACAUCCCCAUCGCCCUGGCCGUGCCCUCGGCCGACCAGACCGAGGAGUACAAGCAGACCCUGCGCGAGCUCCUCCAGAUCAAGGAAGUCAUUGACGGGAUUUCGGCUCGGGAAACUGAGUGA